UAUGAUGAACUGUCAAUUUGCCUCUAUUACAACGAGUGGUUCUUGUAAAGGCGUUGUCAAGAUUAUUCUUCAAAAUAGUCAAUCAUUUUAGAAAUAAUUCCCUAAAAUAAACCACAAUCAUGGCUUUAAGCGACGCAGAUGUUCAGAAACAGAUCAAGCACAUGAUGGCCUUCAUUGAGCAAGAGGCCAAUGAAAAGGCUGAAGAAAUUGAUGCUAAAGCUGAAGAGGAAUUUAAUAUUGAGAAAGGACGUCUUGUUCAACAACAACGCCUGAAAAUAAUGGAGUAUUAUGAAAAGAAGGAAAAACAAGUAGAACUGCAAAAGAAAAUUCAAUCCUCAAACAUGUUGAAUCAGGCCCGUCUAAAGGUUUUAAAGGUAAGAGAAGAUCAUGUAUAUCAAGUCCUUGAUGAUGCUCGCAAAAGGCUAGGUGAAGUAACUCGCAAUACUCCAAAAUAUAGUGAAAUUUUGAAAUCCCUAAUUCUUCAGGGUCUCUAUCAGUUAUUUGAAACCAACGUGUCUGUAAGAGUUCGAGCACAGGACAAGGCUCUUGUGGAAUCGUUAUUACCAGACGUUUCUAAGAAGUACAAGGAUGCCAUAGGCAAAGAAGUUGUUUUAAAAGUCGACCCAGAAAAUAAUCUUCCAGCUGACACCACUGGAGGAAUCGAAUUAUAUGCUCAUGGUGGAAGGAUAAAGAUAAGCAACACCUUAGAAGCCCGUCUUGGACUUAUUUCUGCACAACUUCUUCCCCAAAUUCGUACAGCACUGUUUGGACGUAACGCAAAUCGCAAAUUUACCGAUUAAGGUGCUUUUAUCAUACAUACAUGUCUAUACAUAUGUGUAAAAAAGUUGUUAGAAAAUAUUCAAUAGUUUUUCUUUCUUAAUAAUGCUAAAAGCCAUUAUAUGUGGUAUACAUUCCUUUCUAAAAGGUAUUAUGUUGUAUAUUUAUUAGGCAUUAAUUGUAUAAAAAUCAUGCGCAAAUA